AUUAACCCCUUAAAGACUCUUCUAUUAUUUUACUUUACAUAUAUUUAUAUAUAUGUUUUUGUAGAUCAUCAUUAUCCUACAUUGUGUUACACGCUCUUUGUUAGGAAUAUUAAGCCAAAUGUCUGUUAUAUUCUUAUAACCUACAUCUCAAUCUCCCCAGACUCUCAACCACAUUCACCACCACCGGGCCGUUCACAGGGACAUCAAGAGCCCCAACGUGAUGCUCACCAAGAAGGGGAACAUCAAACUCAGUGAGUAAAACUUAUAGUUGUAAGAUGAAUGGAUGGGGGGAAGCUUCUGUGGAUAUAAAGUACAGAGGGUAUCAUGAUACAGGUGUUUAUCUUAUUGCCCUUAAAAUGAAUGAAUUUUCCAUUUAUAUGUUAAAUCUGUCAUUUCAGUCGAUUUCGGACUCUGCUGGGACCUGGACCCACAGACAGGGAAGUGCAAGCAGGCUGAUGGGACUGCGCACUGGAUGGCGCCCGAGGCCUUUAGGAGGAGGGACAUGGAACCAGAAUUCGACACCAAAGUAUGUUGUAGGAGCAGUAGGAGGACCCAAUGGCAUUUAUGUGUCUGCACAAAUGGGUGCUGCAUUCAGUAAAGGCCAAUUCAGUUACAUGAGUGCUAAACAUGAAGCCAUUGGGAACCCCCCGGUAACAAGUAUCUAAAUCAUACGCUAACCCAAUUCUAUCCUAAUGCUCUUUGGUGUCUUCUUUUCCAGUGUGACAUCUGGUCCCUUGGAAUCACUGCCAUCGAAAUGGCCGAGGGAAAAACACCAUACGCCGAUCAGGAACUAGUGUCGGACCUGAUCAUCAACAACGACUCUCCGAGGCUCAUAUCAAGGACCUGGUCUCAAACUUUUGUGUCCUUCUUGGAGUCGUGCCUUGAGAAGGAUCCUUCCCGGAGAUGGAGUGCGGAAGAGCUGCUGCAGCACCCGUUCAUUACUGAACUGCCCCCUGCGAAGACCAUCAGGGCUGAAAUCGAGGAACACCUUCGGGCUGUGCAGAACCGGCCGGCCAAACAAGGAUUGAGAGCAGUUCGCUGGGCCAGGAAACAGCUACGGCGGGCCAGGGAACAGCUACGCGGGGCCAGGGAACAACUACGGCCUCGCUGGGCCAUGGAACAGCUACAGCGGGCCAGGGAACAGCUACAGCGGGCCAGGGAACAGCUACAGCGGGCCAGGGAACAUCUAUGGCAGGCCAGGGAACAUCUACGGCCUCGCUGGGCAAUGGAACAUCUACGGCGAGCCUGUGACUUCUGCGCAAUUGAAGCAUCACCAGAACAGAAGGAGGCUCAGCAAAUGGCCCUGGAGGGUUUUGCCUGUGUGUGAUCCUGUGGCCAAUAACAUCAAGUGCCCAGGGUGAGUCUCCUCUAUACCAUCCAAGGAGAAAGGAACAGCUGCAGAGAAAGGUACCAUCUCUCCUUCUUCUACUGCUCCUUUACCAAUAGGCUCUUUCCUCAGACUACCACACCUCUAGCAUCUGUAGCUCCAUCAACACGAUCCCUUGCAGCUGCCCCAGCUCCUCCACAGUGGCGUCUCCUCUUUAAUAACUGUAACUCCACCAGCAGUCUCUGCCUUUAACAUCUGCAUUCAGAUCUGUUUUUCUAACUGUAGAUCUGUCAUCAUUAUCUGUCAUCAUAUCUCAGACUACCACUGCUCCACCAAUGAUGUCUUUUCUUUAAUAUCUUCAUUUUAAACAACCACAGCAACAGUGAUACUCACCACAGAUUUCUACAGAUUCACCAGUGGCAUUCACAUUUUUUAAACACCACAGCUCCACCAGUGGGACCUUAGAUUCAAAUUACCAUAGCUCCACCCAAGGUCUCUUCUCUUAACUUUAGCUCCACCUGCCUUCCCUUUAUUUGUCUACUCCUCAACCAGCAUGCUCUUUGCCUUAUUCUAAUCUCUUUUUUCUCUUCAGCUAGUCUCUUCCAUUUAUCUUCUGUUCCACCCUCACACACUUCAAAUCUCCGACUGUAGAGCCAGCGACACCUCCUCUCUAAUCCCCUCACAUACACACUGACAUAAACCCUUAGUACAAGUUGAUCCAGGGACUUGUCCGAUUGCCCUUUUGGGAGUC